CCGUUUUCCGCGAUUCCGCGAAUCCGCGAAAAUGCGCGGAAUUGCGACUUUGCCGCGGAAUACAAGAAUCCGCGUGGAAUCCCGCGGAAUUCCGCUUUUUUGCCGUAAAUUCGAUUUCAGCCGGAUCGACUUCCCGCAUCCUGCGCCAUUUUUUGUCUUAACUUCAGAAAAUGAACGCCACAAAUGUUCCCGGAAUUCAAAACGCGUGCCUGCGCGCGCCUGCGGUGGCAAGGGGCAAGGAGCAACACCGGCGGCGCGCGCGGCACAUCGACGAAACUUUACUUUCGUUUCUGCCAUCUCGCUCUGUUGUUUUCGAGUGCGAAGUGUGGAAAUGUCUAAGCGGUCCCAUCUGGGAAACAAAGAUGCCAAACAACGGGUACGUGAGUACGGCACGGAGGACUUUUACGAAGACGGCGGUUUACUUUUCUGCCGGCCUUGCGCGAAAACUAUUGACCACCAACGCAAGUCUACGAUUGACGACCACAUCAGAAGCAGCAGCCACCGGAAAAAUGUCGGAAAAGCAAAAGUGGACCCAACGGCGUCUGGAUCGGGGCUGCAAAAACGGACCAGGCUGCAAACUUUAGAAACCGUUUUAACGGCAAAAGAGGCAAGGGAGGACCUGGUGCUCGAAUUCUUGGACAUGCUUGUGUCGGCCAACAUUCCAAUAGAAAAGACUGACCAUCCGAAAGUGCGCACGUUCUUGCAGAAGCGGGUUACAAAUGGGGGAUCAGUCCCUUUAGCCAAAAAUCUUCGGAACAGGCUUCCAGAACUUUUCGCUAAACAUCAGUCGGCACUAAAAGGCAUGUUCAGCGGUGCCACUGUAUCGGUCGUCAUCGACGAAACGACCGACGAUCGAGCGAAAUCCGUUGUGAACGUACUGUUCGUUAAGGCGUCAUCAACUGGCGACUCUUUGCAACCAGUCCUUGUGGACGUGACGUUCACAAAUGAGGUGAACGCCGCAGUAAUCGGCCGGAUCGUCGUCAAGGCACUCACGACGUACGGUGUUGAGUUCGAAGACGUAACCGCGCUUGUCACCGAUAGCGCGUCAUAUAUGAAGAAAGCAUUUCGCGAAUGCAUCCAACCACUGUGCUCCAACGCCGUCCACGUGACGUGUGUCGCGCAUGGUGUCAAUCUGAUCGGCGCGACCAUGUACAAAUCAUUUCCCCUCGUGGACAAGUACGUUGGGGAUAUGAAGAAGGCUUUUCGACUUUCGAGCGGAAAGCGCGCACUGUUCAAAGCUCAUCUGCAAGAAUGUGGUGUGGAAAACCCCAGGGCGCCACCAGCCCCUGUGAAAACCAGAUGGAAUUCAUGGAUUGAGGCUGUGGAGCUCCACUCUGAGUACUUUGAGCACUACCCCUCUCUUUUGGAAAAAGUACAAGAAAGGUAUGGAGAUGCUGCUGGAGUAGACAGUUUAGUUUCCAUGAUGCAAGAAAUAUAUACAGAGCUGAAGUACACCACUCGGUGUAUUGCCAUUUUUGGCAAAAAGGUGGCCAGCCUGUUGAAGGCUGCAGAAGGUCAGGAAGUGGCUGCACACAAGGUGUACAAUGCCUUGUUUGCACUCUGGGGAUACCUUAAAGCAGCAUCUUUGGAAGAUUACGGCGCCCUUAUGAGGCAAGAGGGUGUGCAAGAUGAUGAAGCUGCUUAUGUAGGAGAACAAAUAAGAAGCGGAAUGUGCCAGGCUGCCCGCAAAGCACAAGAGCUCUUGGAAAAAAGUGACACUUGGAAAUUUUUCAAGAGUAUGAGGGCCCUAGACCCGCUGCAACUAAAGUCGAUGUCACAUGAACUUUGUGACUAUGAGAACAUCCCGGGUAUAGGAAGAGAUGCUGGAAACCUAGCAGCUGAGUGGUUGCUGUAUAUCAACACUGCAAAAGACUGCAAGUCUUCUGACCGUGACCUGGCCCCAUCUGUCUCGAAGCAAGUCGACCCACCGCCACAGCCCUUUGACAUCAUUGGCUUUUGGGAUGGCAUGAAAACACUGACGCCGGCACUGGCAUCAAUUGCAGUCAAGUACCUGUGUGUACCCAUAAACUCUGUUGAUGCAGAGAGAUCAUUCAGCAGAUAUAAGAUGAUUGUCAGUGAUAAACGUCAUUCUCUGUCAGAUGAGAAUACGAAGUACCAUCUCAUGCUUAGCCACAACAGCUUUUUAAUGCUGUAGCUUCUUUCUGUAUCUUGGGGGCCCAAUAAAGAUCUUUCUGUUUGAACUCAACACCGUUGAGCAUGUGCCGCAGAAAAACGCAGAAUUCACAAUCCUCUGCCGCGGAAUUCAGGAUCUGCCGCAGCAGAAAAU